GAAGAGGACGCGGGAGAUUCGAUUAGACGGUGCUUGGAGAGGUGCUGCGUCUACCUGGUCUGCGGCCUUUGAGCGUCGCCUCAGCUGUCUCCCAGUCCUUUGAUCUAGGCUACAGUGUGAACGCAUGAAUAGAAGAAAAUUUCUUCUUGCCUCAGUACUUGCUCUUCAAAAUUCAAGUUUUAUAUAUCCAUCGUGUCAAAGGUGCUUCUCUCGGAUAAUUUUUGUCUCCAAAAGGUCUAGUUGUCCAAAAUGUGGCUGUACUAGUGAAGCUGAAAAUGCCAAUUAUAGGUAUAAACUCUCCUUGAAAGUUGCAGAAUCAAACAAAUUAUAUGCUAUUACUAUAUUUGGAAGCUGCUUAGAUAAGUUUUUUGGUCUGACUGCCACUGGUUUGCACAGGUACAUUCAGGAUCAUAAUAAGAUCCCGGAAACAUUGGGGAGUGAUAUAACUCAGAGCCUGUUAACUAAAGCUGUGGAGACUUGUUUUGUUGGACAAAGCUUUAUUUUUGGAGUGACGAAUUUUGAAAAACAAUAUGGAAAUGGUUCAGAUUCUAGUAACUUUUUACCACAGUGCCAUGGCUACAAAGGAGAAGUCAGAGCACUAGUAGCUUGCCAGAUUCUUCUACCAGACCCCCAUGUUGCAGGCUUCACUGUCAUCGACUACUUUCAUCAGCUUUUGCAGACUUCCAAUUUCAGGAAACUUCAAUGUGCCUUCCAGGAACCUAAUAGUCACUUACUUGCUUUAGAUCAUUCAAAUAGUGAUCUCAGCAGCAUAAAUGGCUCUGACAGCACUACAUAUUUUUCAGAGCCCCACAGCCGAGAUAAUUUUACAAGAUUCUGGCAGCCAUCACUUGAACUUACUUCCAUUGUUUCACCACUAACAGAUAAUGACGAUUUCUCAGCUUCAGAACAAAGCGUGGCCAUUGGCACUCUUCAUCAAAACGGGAAGUACAGCUCCUUUGCAAAGAUUGCUGGUUCUAGCAAUUGCUGUGAUCCCAUUCAGGGUUCAUGGAGCCUCAUUUCAUAUAUGGAUAAAAAGAGUACAGCAGAAAAGUCAAAUGAAGAACUUGACUUUCAAGCUAAUCAACUGAGUGCAGUUCAUAGCAAUCAUGAAAUUGGAGUCACUGACUUUAAUUUAUUCCCUUUGAAAAUACGAGAACUCCAUGAGUCAAGUAAUGCAGAAUCCUUCCACAGUGCAGUGAAAAUUAAAAAUAGUUAUUCUCAGAGUGAGCUAUACUGUUAUCCACAUCAUAAUGUAAAUACCACCACUAGCCUUCAAGAUACACUGGCACAUUGUCCAUCUUCAUCAUUUAGACCUGGGGAGAGAGCUAGCAAUUCCCAUGAUUGUGACCCUAUGAUUUGGGAUGAUCUGCCAUUCUCUGAAAGCCUGAACAAAUUUCUAGCAGUUGUUGAAAGUGAGAUUACUAUUACCCAAACAGACACCAGAAAUAAGAAACAUGAUGUAGAUAAUAACACUAGUAAAUUCCAUACAGACCACAGCAGGUUAUAUGUGACCCCCCGGAGAACUGCUGGAACCCUGCAUACACCACCUAUAGUUUUAAGAUCAAAACACACAGUCAAAACACACUGUAGCAAAGAUAACUUCUUUUCCAACUGUGAAGCAAAUCUAAGUCCUGUUAUUCAAAAGGAGACAGAAUCAAAUAACACGGCAGAGGUUGUCUCUAGAAGCAGUAAUGGAAGAGAUACUUCAGAAUAUUUUCUCCUAGACCCUUAUCUUUCAACUCUGCUUCCAUCUUCAAAAGAUUUAGAAACAACAGUUAAAAAGACUAUCAGGAUUCUACCACAGAAGGAUGAAAUUUCACUUAGGCCCAAUAAUUCAGAGAAUGACCAUUUUUAUCUCAGUAUCAAAUAUUUUAGUGGAGAAAAGUCACUUUCAGAAGUGAAUGAAAAGUUGACAGCUUCAUGUUCUAAAAAAUACAAUGAUGUUUCUGAUGUUUGCAAAUUAGAAAACAAACGACUUUAUAGGUGGCCAAAGAACCAAGAUGACAGUUUUACAGUUUGUAAGAAACUUACAUAUCCUUUAGAAACUCUUUGUAAUAGUACAGAUACAUUGAAAGAAAUGCCUUUUGGACAUAUUGAUAAUAACUUAACACAAAUCUAUUCUGCUGAUCAUGAAGGUAGCUACAAUGCUUCUGCUGAUCUCUUUGAUGAUAUUGCUAAAGAUGUGGCCGUUGCAACAGAAAUUAUCCAAAAACCACAGGAUAUUUUAUUACAGUGUGAAACAUCUUUGACAGAAAAUCAUCUUGCAGAGCCUGAUUUUUCAGGAAGAUCACUUUCUGAAAAUUCUAGCCAGACUUCACAAAAAUUACCCUUACAAAGCACAUCUACCUCUAAGUAUCUGAGAACAUACUCUCCUCUGCCUCAUUUUCAGUCAGAUUCAGAAUGUGACCUUGAAGAUAGCCAAGACUUUGUUCCAUGUUCACAGUCAACUCCAGUUACAGGAUUCCACCAAAGAAUUCAUGGGAUAAAUGAAGCUUUCCACAAAUUGCCUGCCUUGUAUUCAGAUCUUGAUGCUAACCAUGAAAAAAUAAGGAUUUCUCCUGAAAAUGACAAACAGCAAGCCAUCCCAAGCUGUUCAAAACACAUGAAAACACGUAGCAGAAAAUUCAGAAGCCCUAUUAUAUCUAGUAUUACACAAUCAGAGAUGUUCAACAACUGUAAUAUUGCUGAGUGUCUUGAAACUGAUAUUGAUGAAUGGGUCCCUCCUACCCCAAAAAACGAUUCACUUGGAUUCCAAGUCAUGGGUCUAAGAAAGUGCUUUACUGCCCAUAAUUCUCCUGACCAAAAAGAGUUACCAAGAAAGAAACUAAAACUUGUCAAGCAAAGAACUGAUAUAUUUUUAGUUAAGAAAAAGUCAAAGAAUAUGUUUACAGAAAUAGUUGCAAAACAGAAAACUCCUGAAUAUAACCGUAAACAGUCAGGCUGGAUUUCCAAAGAGUCAAUUCUCGGACAUGAUUUUUUUUCAGAAGUCAAAUGUUGCCUUCCAUCUGAAGUGUCUGAAACUAAAAGCACUUGGUCACCUGAAUUGUUUUCAUAAAAAGUCGCCUGAACUCAAUUCUUCAACUGUUAAGUAAAGGUAAAUCUGUUUGGAAACUUUUUUCUCCAGUGGCAUGGAAAGCAUUCUUUAAGGUUUGACCACUCUGAGAAAAGUAAAUAAGGGGCCUGUACUGGGUCUUUUAAAAUGUAAAGCCAUAUUUUCCCCAGCAUUUUAUUGGGCACUUUAUCUUGAUAAUAGCAUGGAAUAUUAUUAAUUUUGCUUUUUAAAAGUAUCUUUUAAAAUCACAUGUACAGCCAGAAAUAAAACCUUUGCAAACCAAACAAAAUCUUAAUUGUUCAGCUGAGAUCAGGUAUUUUCUAAUCAGAGAUUUGUAAUGGGUAUUACAUAGAUGUUGUGUUGAGAGCAUGAAAUAGAAGUGGUUAACCCAGCAAAUGUUU